AUGGGCACGACUCGGAACAAUGAUGGCCUGCAGGGCGCACGAUUGACCCGCAAUAGUAGCUCUAUUGGCUCCCCACAGACGGGUGAUGGAUUGAUUGGUGCUUCUAUUUUCGUGCAGGACCAGGGGCUCUGCUUCAUGUGGUUCAUGCGAUGCCUCCGAACCUGCAACCCCAGAGAUAGUCAUGUUAACAAUUGA